CGACCGGGGAUGACAAAGACAAUAGGAUACCGAGACUGGAGAUGGCUGGCGCUUUGGUGGCUUCAUUUCUUUCUCUUGUGGAUUACAAUAGACGGACAGACUCGUUACAGCAUCCCGGAGGAGCUGAAACAGGGCUCUGUGGUAGGAAAUCUAGCCAAAGAUCUGGGUUUGGGACUCUCUGAUAUAUUUGAGCGUAAGCUGCGUGUCGCCUCUGAGGCUGGCAAGCAGUAUUUCAGUGUGGAUGCGGGGAAGGGCGAGCUGGUGGUGGAUGACAGAAUAGACAGAGAGGCUCUAUGUGGACAGAGCGCGAGCUGUGUAUUGACUCUGCAAGUUGUCAUUGAUAAACCACUGCAACUGCACCGGGUGGAGGUGGAAAUACAAGAUAUUAAUGAUAAUUCGCCAAAAUUUCCUCCGCAAGAUAUAACGUUAGAUAUAGCAGAGUCCACAGCGGCAGGGGCACGUUUUCCUCUGGAGACGGCGCAAGAUCUUGAUGUUGGCGUGAAUUCUGUAAGGUCAUAUACACUAAGUAAAGAUGAUUUUUUUACUCUUAAGGUUAAAGAUGUUUCCGGGGGCAGGAAAGUUCCUGAACUAGUCCUGACUAAAUCUCUCGACAGAGAAAAAAAGGCCAGACAUAGUCUGCAACUAACAGCUCUGGACGGGGGAAAUCCAGUAAAAACUGGGACUUCUCAGAUAACCAUAAAUGUGCUUGAUAAUAACGACAAUUUCCCGGUUUUUGAGAAAAAUAUUUACAAAGUUUCCAUAAGCGAAAAUAGUGUACAAGGUGCAUAUAUACUUAAACUUAUCGCGAACGACACUGAUGAAGGUCCAAAUGGAGAAGUUGAAUAUUCAUUUGGAACACGCACACCAGACAAAAUCAUUUCUGUUUUUGAUAUUGAUUCAGUAAUCGGAGAAAUACGCCUCAAAGGGACAUUAGAUUUCGAAACAAAUUCAAAUUAUGAAAUUGACGUCUUUGCAAGAGACAAGGGAAUUCCGAGGAUGGAGGGACAUUGCACUGUCCAUAUUGAGGUUUUAGAUAUAAAUGAUAAUGUUCCAAAUAUAUUUCUGACCUCCCAGCCAAACCCUGUGCCUGAGGACGCUCCCAGUGAUACUGUAGUGGCUUUAAUCAGUGCUCGAGACCUUGACUCUGAUGAUAACGGUAAGGUGACAUUACAGCUGCCAAAAGGUUCCCCAUUUAACCUCAAACCAUCAUUUUCUGAUAAUUAUGCACUAGUCACCAGUGGUCCUUUAGACAGGGAAAGUUUCCCUGAAUAUAAUAUUAAGAUAACAGCCACUGAUUCAGGCUCUCCUCCCCUGUCCAGUGAGAAAACUAUAACUGUCAGUGUAACUGAUGUGAAUGAUAACCCUCCUGUAUUCACUCAGCCCUCCUAUAAUGUGUAUUUAAAAGAGAAUGGAAGAGCUGGCUCUAUACUGUACUCAGUAUCAGCAUCUGAUCUGGAUUUUGGUGAAAACGCCAAAAUCUCUUACUCUAUACUGGACUCCAAAGUGCAGGACGUGUCUGUGUCCUCUUAUGUUUACAUUAACUCAGACAACGGCAGCAUCUACAGCAUGCACUCGUUUGACUAUGAGAAACUGAAGGUGUUUCAGAUUCAGGUUCAGGCAAAGGAUCAGGGCUCUCCAUCUCUCAGCAGCAACGCCACUGUCCAUGUUUUUAUCCUGGACCAGAACGACAAUGCCCCCGCUGUUAUUUACCCCUCCUCCGCUGCCAUGGGCUCCCUCUCUCAUCAGAGGAUGCCCCGCUCCGCAAAAGCGGGUCACCUGGUUACCAAAGUGACGGCCGUGGACGCAGACUCGGGCCAUAACGCGUGGAUCUCGUACAAAGUGGCCGAGGCCACAGAUGCCUCUCUGUUCACUGUCAAUCUGUACACAGGGGAGGUGAGGACUAAACGCGCUGUGUACGAGCACGACGACUCAUCUCAGAGGCUGCUCAUAGAGAUCAAGGACGACGGGGAACCGGUCCAGUCCACCACCGUCACGGUGUCCAUCCUGAUUGAGGACGGCCUGCAUGAGCCGAUCUUAGACCUGCGACAGAAAGUGUCCGAGCCCAGCAAGAAAAACGGCAGAAUCGCCCUGUAUCUGAUCCUCUCUCUGGCCUCGGUGUCCGUGCUGUCUGUGGUGACUUUUCUCAUCUUAGCGGUGAAAUGCAUCAGGAACAGCAGAAGCAGCGCUAGUUGCUGCACGAGUCGGAGCGACUGUGACGAUUACAAGAACCCCAACAGAAACCUGCAGAUUCAGCUGAACACUGAUGGACCUAUAAAGUACGUGGAGGUCCUGGGAGGAGACAUGUUGUCUCAGAGUCAGUCGUUCAGGUCCUGUAUGUCUCCCAUGUCAGAGUACAGUGAUUUCACUCUGAUCAAACCCAGCAGCACCACUGACUUUAAGGAGGUCAUCAGUGUCCUGGAUGCGUCUUUACCUGACAGCACCUGGACCUUUGAGAGCCAGCAGGUGAGCAGUUAA